AAACACAAUACGAAUCAUACGAUCAUUACUGGCAUUACGUAUGCAUUGAAUGUGUUAUGGAUUUGAAUCUGUUUUCAAACACUAAUUAAACACUCGUUUCGUUGCAAACCACUGAUUGUGUGAUCACUUCGUGGACACUAUGAGACAUAUUAUCUCAAGAGUGCCACCGAUUAUGGCAUAACACACGCACCACGAGUCACACUUGUAUCACUCGUGUCCACUGUAUUUGACGCCAUAUUAUUGUCUCAACCGAUUGGCCAUCGAUUCAAGUGAUCACUCGUUGAUCACUACAGAGGAGGAAGUAAUCUCACGUUUUGGUGGACAUUGUCUUCGCUCUGAGUCUCACAGGCGAUGGACACCGAAAUGGACUGCGAUUCCGGGGGCGACUCGACGGCCACCACAGCCUCUCAUCCCAUGAAUCUGAGGAACGCCUCGCGAGUGAGCACUGGUCUGCACUUCAUGUCGGGUGACAUGUCUUCAGGACAGCCCUAUUCCACACAAUCCCUGUCCCGUCGAUUGGCGCCCAACUCGAUCGGUCUGCAGAUGACGCCCACGAAGACACUGCUUAUGAAUCAGCGCCGAAGCAGUUCCGGUAUAUUCAUCACAAGUAUGUUUGGCUCGCGGUUCAGACACCUCCAGAAACUGCAUUCGGAGGCCUUCCUCGGCCUCAACUCCAUCUGUAUGCCGGGUCUGCCGUUGGGAGCGGUGUUCAGGUCGUCACUGCCGGCCACACCGGUCGCCACACCCGUCCACAGGGAGGCGUUCCAACAGUUCACAGAACAGGCCCUUCGGGACAGACUCUGUCGGACGCCAUCCCCGCGAAAGACUCACUCGUUUCUGGCGCCCAGCGAUCACCGCAUGAGACGCGAGUCCGGCGGCAGUAAUAUAUCGGCCGACGAGUCGGGUAUGUGUGACGUCCAGCCGAUGGACAUCGCGUCGCCCAUCGAUGAGCCGGUGCUCGAAGACCCCAAAGGAGAGGAGGGAGGGAACGGCGCCACCGGUUUCGACGGACAGCACUACUUCGGACGCACCGGUCGACUCCAUAGGCGGCCCUCCGAUGAGGAUCUCACGGACAGGGAGGACACGUCUGGUGGGACGGAAAGGCGGCUUUUUGUAGGAAAUAUCAGUUAUAGAGUUACGGACACAGAGACCACAUUCAGAAAUUACCCAAAGGGCACGGUUAGCGAUUUGCAAAAGUGUCUGAACGCAGACCCCAAUGAACUCGUGUUAGACUACAGACAACUUCGGGUGUUUUUAGCCAAACCUAAAGUGUUUAGACAAAUGAAAUCCGAAGUACAAGAGUUGUGUCGCGAAAGAGAUCUCAGCCUUGAGUACAGGAGUCGGUGCACAGAAUCCACAGAAUCGAUGGACAAUCAAAUGUCGGCUUUAGUUUUGUUGCGUAAGAGUGCCGAUGAAAGUGUCACUACUUUUGAUCACUUGGACGACGACUCCAUUCUCAACGUAUUCGCACAUUUGGAUACUCUUAUAGAGCGCACUGUCGUUGAGUCCGCUGUUUCGUGUCCUCUAUUGGAGCGAUUGGUCUAUGACUCCGGACCCACAACUGACUACACCAUCAAAAUUCUGGGUCAAAAGUGUCCAAAUCUUAAAAUUUUAUGUCUCAAUUGUUGCACGAAUUUCGGUGAAGAGGGCUUCUGGUGGCUGUUAAAGAGUGCCAAACAGUUGCAGCACUUGGAGGUCACCAAUAAUCACAAAAUCAAUGGCAACUGCUUUAGACUCUUAGCGCCAACUCUUCAGAAGCUGGACAUAACCGACUGUCCGAAGAUCAAAGAGAAAGGGAUUAAAGAAUUGAUUGGCGGACAGAGAACUGCUUUGGAAAGUCUUAAUAUAACACCAUUAAGUGGCAAAUUCUUCGUAUGUCUCAAUCGCAAGCAUCUGACGAUUACUGACGAAUCUCUCAAAAAGUUGUCGCAUUUGCAAUCAUUAGUCUAUUUAGACUUAAGUGGGUCGCACUUUGUGACGGACACGGGUCUGGAGUUUAUGGUCGAGAACUGCCAUUCCCUUGAAUCGUUGCAAUUGCUUCGAUGCGAACACAUAUCUAUAGAAUUCCUCUUUAAGACACAGGUUAAUUCAAUUGCGGUUUGCGCUAUGAGAACUGCUGUAGCUGAUGAUGAUGUGGGACAGGGAUGA